AUGCGAACCAUUUGGCUUCCAGUCUACGAAGAAGCAAAGCAGAUUGUGGACAAAUACCUGACCGAGAUCACGUAUAUACACCACGUAGUUCAUGCUCCAUCUGUGCGUACACUGGUCGAGGAUCUCUACCACAAUCUCAAUAACCAAAAAGCCGUCAAGAUUGGCCAGGUUUCCCUUCUCCUGGCGAUCUUAACGAGUACUACGUUCUUCUGGACGGAACGUGACAUGGCCACGCCAUUGUUUUCCUCAGUCGAAGAAGCCAACGGCCAGUUUACAACAUGGAUGAAACUAGCACUCGAGGUGUUGGAGUACUCCCGUCGCACGCGUUCUGAUUCUCUCGAGGAUGUGCAAGCCACGAUCAUCGUGUGUUUUGCCAUCUGCAACGUCGUUGGGAUCACAUCGCAAGUCCGAUCCCUCUUCUAUACAGCGAACUCAGUGGCAUGGCAUCUGGGUUUACACCGUAUUGAUCAUCCCCAUAAUACGGAAAACACUGAUCAUGAGUUUUUAUCACCAAAUACGGUGCGCGCAGAAAUUGGAAGACGAGUGUGGUGGUAUCUUGUUGCGUCCGACUGGUCUGUGCAACACCUGAAAGCACAUUUGGAAGUGCAGAGACUGACUGUUUGA